AUGGACUCCUUCGUGAACCACCCAUCAUCACUUUCUCUAUCGCCGUCAGCCAUGGAUGUAGAUGCCUCUCGAAGGACGCCAUCGCCAGUACCAUCUCUAGGCCACGAUUCGCUCAGCACUCCUACAACAGAGAUGACCACGCCCCCGAUCUUUUCCUCCGCUUUUGCAGUCGUCAAGGGUAGUGAGCCAGCAGGCAGACUAUCCAUCAUGGAGCAACCAGAUAUGAGGAACCCUGUAAAUGGCUGGGCAUCCCCUUCGUUCCCAAAAGACCAGAAACCUCGACUCCCGGUCAUUGGCGGUACCCCAGACUUUCUCAUCCUGUACUGCUUCAACAUCCGACGGGCAGCAGACUUCUACUCCCGUUGCUUUGGAUGGAAAUUCUAUGGCGACAUGAACGCGAGAGAGAUUGAUGACCCCAGUAAGCGACAGUGGGGAUCAUCCUUCUUCGACGUACAGCCCAUGAACUUUUUCAACUCGAGCGAAGACAAGGGCCAGCUCAAGAUCACGGGCGCCUUGGUCCAGAUGAGAACCACGCCGGACAGCCAAGCCCGGCUCGAGCACAAGCGGCAGAUGGCCAGGUUUGGCGCCGCUACACCGACGUGCCACCUCCGGGUCCCCGAUCUCGGCGACGCUGAGGAGUUGAUCGAGCAGAACUUUGGCGAGGUCAAGCACUUGCGAUAUGGCAUCCGACAGUUCAUCAUGGACGUUGGAGAGUUUAUCGAUACGGAGGGAAACCUGGUAGGACUUAUUUCUCUGCACCCGGAAAAUGCCAAUGCCGCUUAG